GUGAUGAUGAUGAUGGGGUGUUUCUUCAUCCUCGAGCUUCUAUUGGUCACAGAUGGACUUUCCCCUUCAUAUCAACUUCAUUCAGUAAAAAUAGCGUGUGCCGCUGCAGCAGCUGCUCGAGAGCUCACACACACACACACACACACACACCAUCAGGAGAUCAGGACAAGCUCUUCUUCAUCUUCAUCAUCUCAGGAAUAGCUAUGGACUUUGCUGCAGGGUGCAUUGGGGGAGCCGCUGGUGUUCUGGUCGGUCACCCGUUCGACACGGUGAAGGUGCGACUGCAGGUCCAGAGUGUGGAAAGGCCCCUGUAUCGCGGGACGUACCACUGCUUCCAGUCCAUCGUUCGGCAAGAAACAAUGUUGGGUCUCUAUAAAGGCAUCGGCUCCCCGAUGAUGGGCCUGACCUUCAUCAACGCCAUCGUGUUCGGCGUCCAGGGGAACGCCAUGCGCAUGUUGGGCGCGGAUACGCCGCGGCACCAGUUCCUAGCGGGCGCGGCGGCCGGGCUAAUCCAGUGCAUCAUCUGCUGCCCGAUGGAGCUCGCCAAGACCCGCAUGCAGACGCAAGGAACGGGCCAGAAGAACACGACCCGGAGGCUCUACAAGAACUCCCUGGACUGCCUGAUCCGAAUCUACCGGAAGGAGGGAAUCCGGGGAAUCAACCGAGGGAUGGUGACGACCGUGAUCCGCGAGACGCCAGGCUUCGGCAUCUACUUCCUCACGUACGACACGCUGACGCGAUCGCUACGCUGCGAAGCCGACGACGGAUACAUCAUUCCCAAGCUGCUCCUGGCGGGAGGCAUGUCGGGAAUCGCGUCCUGGCUCUCCACCUAUCCGGUGGACGUCGUUAAGUCCCGCCUCCAGGCUGACGGAGUGGGCGGAGCCAACAGGUACGGCGGGAUCGUGGAUUGCGUGCGCCAGAGCUGGCGGAGGGAGGGGUGGAGGGCGUUCACUCGCGGCCUGACCUCGACUCUCCUGAGGGCGUUCCCCGUGAACGCCACCACCUUCGCCACCGUCACGCUCUUCCUCAUGUACAUGCGCGAGGACGAAGGAGCGAAGGACUGCGAGUCCAUGAGCCCUGCGACCGAACGGCUUUCUGUCCAAUAGAGAACAGGGCAGUGAACACAAGGGCCAAUCAGGCUGGAGAAUGACCUCGCUCAUCUUUACGUUUCUCUAUGUUUGAUGGACCACUGAAAUAACGGGACGACUGAGUCUCCAUUGGGUUCGAGGAUUCCCAGAGGUACACCAAAGACGAUAACUAUUAUGAUGAAGAUAAUAGUUUUUAAAAUCGUUCCCAGCACGACUAUAACGAUAAUGACACAGAGGAACAAUGAUUG